CCCAAGAGCACUUUGCCAUGGCCUUGCCCAAAGGCUUCUUGGUAGCCUGGGUGCUCAGUUUAUGGCCAGGGUUCAGUAAUACUUUUAACAUGGACACCAAGAGGCCCCGGAUCAUCCCAGGCUCCAAAGAAGCCUUUUUUGGCUACACUGUGCAGCAACAUGAGAUCAGUGGAAAGAAGUGGUUGGUGGUGGGAGCUCCAUUUGAAACCAACGGUCACCAGAAGACUGGGGAUAUUUACAAGUGUCCAGUGGUACAAGGAAAUUGCUCCAAACUGAACCUAGGAAGAGUCACCCUGUCCAAUGUAUCUGAGAGGAAGGAUAACAUGCGCCUGGGCUUGAGCCUCACCACCAAUCCCAAAGACAACAGUUUUGUGGCAUGCAGCCCUCUCUGGUCUCACGAGUGUGGCAGUUCAUACUAUACAACAGGGAUGUGCUCUCGGGUCAAUUCCAACUUCAGAUUCUCCAAGACAGUGGCCCCAGCUCUCCAAAGGUGUCAAACAUACAUGGAUAUCAUUAUUGUUCUGGAUGGCUCCAACAGCAUCUACCCCUGGGUAGAAGUCCAACACUUUCUUAUAAACAUCUUGAAGAAGUUUUACAUUGGUCCUGGUCAGAUCCAGGUGGGCGUGGUCCAGUACGGAGAAGACGUGGUCCACGAAUUUCAUCUGAACGACUACAGGUCGGUAAAAGAUGUGGUGGAAGCCGCCAGCCACAUCGAGCAGAGAGGAGGUACAGAAACCCGGACGGCGUUUGGGAUAGAAUUUGCUCGCUCGGAGGCUUUCCAGAAAGGAGGAAGGAAGGGAGCUAAGAAGGUGAUGAUUGUUAUCACAGAUGGAGAGUCCCAUGACAGCCCAGAUCUGGAGAAGGUCAUUGAGGACAGUGAGAAGGAUAAUGUUACUCGAUAUGCUGUGGCUGUCCUUGGCUACUAUAACCGAAGGGGCAUCAACCCAGAAGCCUUUCUGAAUGAAAUCAAGUACAUAGCCAGUGACCCUGAUGACAAGCACUUUUUCAACGUCACAGAUGAGGCAGCACUGAAGGACAUCGUGGAUGCCCUUGGGGACAGGAUUUUCAGCCUGGAAGGUACUAAUAAAAAUGAAACAUCUUUUGGCCUAGAAAUGUCACAGACAGGAUUUUCCUCUCAUGUAGUGGAGGAUGGGAUUUUGUUGGGAGCUGUUGGUGCAUAUGACUGGAAUGGAGCUGUGCUGAAAGAAACCAGUGGUGGAAAAGUGAUUCCUCACAGAGAGUCAUAUCUAAAGGAAUUCCCUGAAGAGCUGAAGAACCAUGGGGCAUAUCUGGGUUACACAGUUACUUCUGUUGUGUCCCGUGAUCAGGGAAGGGUUUAUGUGGCUGGAGCACCCCGGUUCAACCAUACAGGCAAAGUCAUCCUUUUCAUGAUGCACAGCAACCGUAGCCUAACAAUCCACCAGUCUCUGAAGGGCGAACAGAUUGGCUCCUACUACGGAAGUGAAAUCAGUUCCUUGGAUGUGAAUAGCGAUGGGGUGACUGACAUUCUACUGGUUGGCGCACCAAUGUACUUCAGCGAGGGCCGAGAACGGGGCAAAGUGUAUGUCUAUGUUCUGAGACAGAACCGGUUUAUUUAUGAUGGGACACUAAAAGAUUCUCACAACUACCAAAAUGCCCGGUUCGGCUCCUCCAUCUCCUCAGUAAGAGAUCUCAACCAGGAUUCCUACAAUGACAUCGUGGUAGGCGCUCCUCUGGAGAACGACCACCAGGGAGUCAUCUACAUCUUCCAUGGCUUCCGGAACAACAUCCUGAAGAGGUAUAAGCAGAGAAUUGCCUCCUCAGAGCUGGCCCCAGGCCUCCAGUAUUUUGGCUGCAGCAUCCAUGGGCAAUUGGAUCUCAAUGAAGAUGGACUCAUUGACCUGGCAGUGGGAUCCCUUGGUGGUGCUGUGAUCUUAUGGUCCCGGAGUGUGGUCCAGAUCAAUGCCAGCAUCCACUUUGAGCCAUCCAAGAUCAACAUCUUCCAUAAGGACUGCAAGCGUAAUGGCAAGGAUGCAACCUGCAUGGUUGCCUUCCUCUGCUUCCUGCCCAUCUUCCUGUCCCCUCAUUUCCAAACUGCAACUGUUGGCAUCCAGUACAAUGCCACUAUUGAUGAGCGGCGAUACACACCACGAGCCCACCUGGACGAGAAUGCAGACAAAUACACACACAGGGCAGUUCUGCUCUCUGCUGGCCAAGAGUACUGUGACCGCAUCAACUUUCACAUUCUGGACACGGCAGACUAUAUAAAGCCAGUGACAUUCUCAGUUGAGUUUGCCUUGGACGAUCCUGACCAUGGGCCCAUUCUGGACGAUGGCUGGCCUACCACAUUCAGAGUCUCGGUACCCUUCUGGAAUGGGUGCAACGAGGAUGAACACUGUGUGCCUGACUUGGUCCUAGAUGCCCAGAGUGACAUUCCCACUGCCAUGGAGUACUGCAUGAGAGUCCUGAGAAAGACCCAGCCAGAGUGCUCUGCCUACACCCUGUCCUUUGAUACAUCCAUUUUCAUCAUAGAGAGCACACGGCGACGUGUGGCAAUAGAGGCCACCCUGGAGAACAGGGGAGAGAAUGCUUAUAGCACAGUUCUAAACAUUUCAUACUCAAGAAACUUGCAGUUUGCAAGCUUGAUUCAGAAGGAUGACUCAGAUGGCAGCAUUGAGUGCAUAAACGAGGAGAGAAGGAUCAACAAGAAAGUCUGCAAUGUCAGCUACCCAUUUUUCAAAGCAAAAGCCAAGGGAGCUUUCCGCCUGGAUUUCGAGUUCAGCAAGUUGGUUUUUCUUCAGAAUAUGGAGAUCCUCCUGACAGUUGGCAGUGACAGUGAAGAGAAGGAAAGCACCAAAGAAGAUAACUCAGCUCUCCUGAGUUUCCACCUGAAAUAUGAAGCUGACAUCCUUUUCACCAGAAGUUCCAGCAUGAGCCGCUAUGAAGUCAAGUCCAACAGCUCCUUGGAGGGUUACAACAGCAUUGGCCCUCCUUUCCAUUGCACGUUUACGAUCCUAAACUUGGGAUUUUUCCCAGUUGAUGGGAUCACAAUUAAGAUCAUAGUCCCCAUUGCCACAAGAGGAGGAAAUCGGCUGCUGAUGCUGAAUGACUUCUUUGCGAAUCAGGAGAAUACGACCUGCAGCAUCUGGGGAAACAAUACUGACUACCGACAAGCUCCCACUGAGGAGGACCUGAGUUACUCAACACAGCUGAAUCAGAGCAAUUCAGAUGUUGUUUCAAUCAAAUGCAAUGUGAAGCUGGCCACCAACCAGGAAAUGAGUUUCCACCUCCUGGGGAAUCUAUGGCUGAAAUCCCUCAAAGCACUCAAGUUCAAGUCCUUGAAAAUCAAAGUCAACGCAGCAUUGCAGCGUCAGUUCCAGAGCCCAUUCAUCUUCAGGGAAGAGGAUCCCAGCCGGGAGAUCAUAUUUGAAAUCUCUAAGCCAGAGAAUUCCCAGAUCCCGAUUUGGAUCAUCAUUGGAAGCACAUUGGGAGGCCUCUUGCUCCUUGCUCUGCUGGUCCUGGCACUCUGGAAGCUCGGAUUCUUUAAAAGUUCCAGUCGAGAGAGGAAAACAGAACAGGAACCCAAUGCCAAAGUGCUGGAAUGAGGCUCCAAGAGGGUG